AUGCAGGAGUAUGACUUGGCAUGCAAGGAGUUAGAGAAUGAAGAUGGGCAAGCAUUUGCUGAUUUAAUGGACAGGAACCCGAGUAAAUUCUGUAAGGCCUUCAUCACCUCCACACAAUACUCUGAUGCUAUUCUCAAUAAUGUCUGUGAGUGUUUCAAUGCAUACAUUUUGGAGGCUAGAAAUAAACAUAUAAUAGACAUGCUUGAGGAGAUGAGAAUAACACUUAUGGAGAGGUUGUAUAGAAAAGCUGUAGAGAUUGAAGCAGCUGAAAGUAGUUCAACAGUGUGUCCAAAAAUUAAGAAAAAAAUAAAUGCAAUGGUAUAUGAGAGUAGGAAUUGCACGACAAUACCUGCAUUAGGGGGAAAUUUCGAAGUUACUCACUUUGAUGACAGAUUUGUUGUGACUCCUUCAAAAAGGCAGUGUGGUUGUAGGAAGUGGGAUAUAACAGGCAUCCCUUGUUUGCAUGGUAUUGCUGCUAUUAACUUCCUUAAGCGGGAUGUGGAUGAAUUUGUCCACCAAUACUUUUCUGUGACCAAGUAUAAGUUGGCAUAUGGAUAUGGCCUACCAGCUGUGAAUGGAGUCAAAUUAUGGCCCGUUGCUGAGGGUUUUCCAGUCACCCCACCACAUGUUAGGAAGAUGCCUGGUAGGCCUAAGAAGGUUAGGACGAGGGACCCAUUUGAGAAGGAUCCGGCCAGACCAAACAAGCUAAGGAAGAUAUGUGUCAUGACUUGCCAAAACUGUUUCCAAGAAGGCCACAACUCAAGGAGUUGCAAGAAUGAGACUGUGCAUGUGGCAGAGAAACCAAAGGCAAAAAAGGGAAGGCCUCGUAAGACGCCACAAGCAUCGACUACGGUUCGAGGGAGAGGUAGAGGAAGAGGAAGCGCUGGAGCAAAUCCGACUGCUGGAGUAGGCUCUACUCAACAAAGUGCAACUUGA